UGCCAGUCACACAGAGGAAAUUAAUGUGCUCAUUAUGUGCAAGAGAAGAGUCAUCUUGGCUGCUCACUGCCUGGUUUGAGCAGCUCGUAUCAGCGGGCGGGUCCCUUUUUUUCUAUUAACCUCCCCCCCCCAUCCUGCUUUUUGCCAUACAUGCUCACUGUCCCGAGACAUGAUGAGCCAUUCUGCCCUAUGGGAAUCCGUCUUCCCUGCAAGCAAGUGUUACAUCUGAGUCAGAAGCAUCACAGGGAGAUAUGACACUUCCAGACCUUCAGCAAGCAACUUCAGCGAGGAAAGGAUUCUGAAAACAGUUCUUACUGGCAUCUGUUCUUUUUUUUUUAGGACUUGCUUUUAAAUCAAGGAGAACAAAAAGAAAAUUCUAUAUAGAUACCAUAUAAAUGCUUGACAAACAUGUGCAAACAGAAGGAUGAAUUUCAAUCAAUUUUUAAAUAGCUAUGAAUGCCUGGAGUAUAUUGGGUUAGCUGUUUUAGGAUGCUUACAGUUCCCAGCAUAUAACAGAAAGGACCGCGGAGUGAAAAGGUUUUUUGGGGAAUCCAUGAAUGCUGUUCUUUAAUCAUUUUCCUCAAUGGAAGAUAUGAAAGUCUAUGCAGAAGAGUGAACAGGCAUGCUGGACUGGGUGUGUGCAGAGUUCAAAACCCCCCUGACUGUACCUGCUGAUGGAUCUUCUGUGGAAAAGACAGCAAACACCUUCGGAUAGCCCAUAACACUGUACCAUGGCAAGAUCUGCUGACUCCAUUUUCUAGGACGCUGCCUGCAGAGCACUCAAACCCAGCCUCAUAAUGGAAACAGCGCUGGUGAAGAACUCCACACUAGCCAGUAGCAAUGCCUCUAGUCUUCAACACAUGAGCGGCCACAGUCUUUGGGAGAUCAUAACCAUAGCAACUGCUUCUGCCAUUGUGAGUCUGAUAACAAUAAUUGGCAACAUCCUUGUCAUGGUUUCAUUUAAAGUCAACAGUCAGCUGAAGACGGUCAACAAUUACUAUUUGCUGAGCCUGGCUUUUGCCGACCUCAUUAUAGGCGUGUUCUCCAUGAAUCUCUAUACCUCUUACAUACUAAUGGGAUACUGGUCACUCGGGACCCUCGCCUGUGACCUGUGGCUAGCUCUGGAUUACGUGGCCAGCAAUGCCUCUGUAAUGAACUUGUUAGUCAUCAGCUUCGACAGAUACUUUUCUAUCACAAGACCUUUGACUUACAGGGCGAAACGUACAACCAAAAGGGCUGGCAUCAUGAUUGGCCUUGCUUGGUUGGUGUCUUUUAUUUUAUGGGCUCCUGCCAUUAUAUGUUGGCAAUACUUUGUUGGAGAACGAACUGUGCCUUCAGGUGAAUGCGAGAUCCAGUUCUUCUCUGUGCCUGUCAUCACCUUCGGCACAGCCAUUGCGGCUUUCUACAUCCCUGUAUCCAUCAUGACAAUAUUGUACUGUCGUAUCUACAAGGAGACUGAGAAACGCACCAAGGACCUGGCCGAACUUCAAGGCUCAAACUUCUCAGCUGACCUGAGGAUUGCGAAACCUCAAAACCCUCUUCUUAAAUCGUGUUUCAAUUGCAAGAGACAGACGGACGCCAACCCGGAUCGGAACGAAACCUCCUGGUCGUCCUCUAGCAGAAGCACGGUCUUGAAAGCAGCCCUUGCGCCUAACACCAACGAUGAGUGGUCCAAGAAUGACCAGGUGAUGUCCUUCAAUAGCUACCCCUCUUCUGAAGACGAGGACAAGCACAUGUCCAAGCCCAUCUUCCAGGCAGCUCACAAGAAACAGAUCAGCAGAGACAGCCAAAACGAAAGCCUUGCAGACUCUGAGGGGAGAGACGACUUUGGUGAAGACCAGCCGAACUUGAGAAGCUACUUCACCUCACCCGCCAAAUACAUCAACAGUAAAAAAGGUGUUUCCUACAAAUUUAAGCUGGUCGCUAAAGACAGCAGCCCCCCUUUGAGCAAAAACGGCUGCUCCCAGCUGGCAGCCUCGUCUGGUUCCUCGGCAGAAUCCAUGGGACCCUCGGCUUCUAAAAACAUCGACCCCAGCCUGAAGAACCAGCUCACCAAGAGGAAACGGAUGGUUCUUAUAAAGGAGAAGAAAGCGGCACAGACUCUGAGUGCAAUUCUCCUGGCCUUUAUCCUCACCUGGACUCCCUACAACAUCAUGGUCUUAAUCUCGACGUUCUCAGACUGCAUCCCCACCUCCCUGUGGCAUCUCGGUUACUGGCUCUGCUACGUCAACAGCACCAUCAACCCCAUCUGCUACGCCCUGUGCAACAAGACCUUUCAGAAGACCUUUAAGCUGCUGCUGUUCUGUCAAUGGAAUAAGAAGAAGAGGGCUGAGGAGAAGCUAUAUUGGAACAGCCAGAAUCCCACUGCUAAUAACAAACUGCCGUGAGUGGCCAGUCAAGAUAGAACACAAUGCACUUAUUAUAAAAUGGGGUUGAAUUGUCGCAGCAGUGGUACAAUUGAUAUCCAUUUUUCUUAAAUGUCUGCUGCAAAGGGAAGCAAAUAAGCUGUGUUUGUCCUGAUCUGUGGUUGACAUUUAGUCUGCAGUACCAUAUCUGUACUGUAGGUCAUUCAUGUGUUUGCGGACAGAUAGAUGACCAUGGGCACCAUUCUGAAUCUUCCUAACCCUGGCCUGGGUUUAUUCUGUCCAUGGGCUGUAGUUGUGCAUGGACAAAAAAUCACUUGACCAUAGGCUAUUGUCUGCACCCUGACCAUAUGUGAAAAUAUGUAUUUCUUUUGUCUUGCACCCCUUAUCACACACAUGUAGGUUUUUCAUUUAAAAAGCAUUGUGAUUGGCUGUUUACUAAGCAAUGUUACUAAAUCAACCAUGCUUCUUACAUCAAAUUCAUUACAGCACCUUCUCUGUAUAAAUGUUCUGUUUUUCACCCUGGAAAGCCAGCAUAGCAUGAGAUACAAAAUCUGGAAUGGGCUGGAGGAAGAAAAGGUAAGGUUGGAACUCUGCAAUUUAACAUCAUAAAAAUUCAUUGGCCAACAGCUGGCUUGAAAAAUAAAAUUGAUAGUUAACAGUAUGCCCUCCAUAGAAAAUACAUAUUUGAAUCACUGUCUAUAAUUGGUUUCUGUCCAGGCUAGGCAACCUGGCUUUAACACAGGUGAUUCUUUUCCACUAACACUACUAUUCAUGGAGAGCCUCUUCAGAUCUAAAAUUUGUAACUUUUCCCAUAGAACCAAGUCCGCAACUCUUCCCCAUAUACCCUCUGUGACCUAUCCAGAUUCAGUGUGUGAUGUGGUUAGGGCUGGCAAAGUGGGAAACAGAAGGAGGGCCUCUGAGCAUGCAGUGAUAUAGAGAGGGGAGGGGCACAAUGUGGAUUAUCAAACCCACAGUGUUUCCCUGAGCUUUGAGGCAACGUGUCAUUUCAAAGCCUGAUAUACUGGUAUACACAAUGCAUAUUUCCACUAGAUUCAAUCUGAUCUGAAACACAAAACUGAUCUUCCUGUCUAAACUAACGAAAGCCCAAGUAAAGAGUCCUUUCUGAGCUGCAGUGUUAUCAUCUGUAGAGCUUCAAAUGUCUUUUAAUGUUUUUGCAUGAUGUAUGCAGUGGUUUGGAGUUCUCGUGCUUCAAUAUUGAGAUAAAUCAUUUUCUCUAAAUGUCUUUCCACCCAACUGAAAAUAAAUACAGCUUGGGUUAUGUUUAUGUUUUGAGGCACUAUUUAAUUAAAUGUACAGUACACAACCAUGCUCUUGCAUUACAUAAAUUACAAAAAAACUUUUAUUGGAACAUUCAGUUAGCUCUUAAUUAAAAACACGUACAUGACGCACCUCAGGAAAUGAGGCUGAAUGUUCACAAGCAGCAGGCUCCUGGUCAUAUAACUCACCUGCACGCCAUGAGCGGAUGCGCACCUGGGGAUCCUCACAGGGUUAUUAUUUGAUUAAACCCACCCUUUAGUAGUCUACAGCAAGCACUACAUAUAUCUAAAAGUUAGCUAAGAGACAAUAUUGGGGGGAAAUGCAUAAAACUCAAAACCACUGGGAAGAAAAAAGAUCCCACUCUGAAUGAUUACUGUGUCCUGUUCUGGUCACCUCACCUCAAAAUGAUUGCACAUGUCAUGAGGAGGUACAGAGGAGGGUUAGGCAAGCCCUAGGAGUUAAAGGCACAAGCUACUGUAUGAAGACAGGUUCAAAGAAAAAUAUCUCUUCAUCCUUGGUAGGAGGGAUUUAAUUGAUUCCAAUCCUAAAUGUUAUAAAUAACAUGUACCUAAGUCAACACAGAGAGUAGGACAAAUGAAAGGACUUUCAUUUCCUAAAGAUGAAUGCAUGGAAGAGUUUACCAGAUGAAUCACAUCUGAAACACUGGGAACUUUAAACAGAAUGUGAAGCUCUUUAGCCUUUUAUAUGUAUGGAAGUGUUCUCACCACGUAUCCUGUAUUUAUUGAUUUGCAAUCUUUAUUUUUUUGUAUUCAGUUUCCUAACAGCUCUCUUUUGUGCCUCUGCAGAAACUGCUGAGUAGAGUUUAGAGCCAUUGAAUUUGACAGGGCUGUAAAUACUGCCUCGCUGAUAAAGCAAUGGGAUCAUGGUGCCAUCAGUCUGCUGUGAAACACUCCAUGUGCUGCUAACGUCUGUGCUGUAUUGUACAUAUUUGCAUUCAUAAACAGAAUAGGUGGAACCUUGUUAUACUAAUGGGUACAGUGACUUUUGCAUAUGUUCUGUGUAUGGUAUAGCUAGAUAUAUACGGAAGAUGAAAUAAAAGUAUAAUACGUACUCUAUUAAAGAGCACAUAAGGACCUUUUUAUUUUAUUGUGUUACUUGUUCCCAUGUGUUGCUACAACUGUUUAUGUAAGGUGUGUGUAUUGUUUUAAUUGUUUUUUUUUUUACAUUUUGACCACUUUUUUAAAACUUUUAAAUUGCAUUCCCUGCCUCAAGAUGGCUUCUCAUGUACCUGCAUGGACCUCUCAGAACUACAUUUCCCAUCAUUCUCCUGCUCACAUAUGUAACUCA